AUGGAUCGUAAUAAUGCUCAGUCAUCGGAAGCCGACUUAUGGGAUUCCGAUAGCAUCUGCAGCGUGGAAACGCUUGUGAACGAGCCCGUCGUCGUCGCUGCUGAGCCCAUAGAAAAUAUCGGAAAUGAUGCCGGCGCUAGCAAAACGCUAGACGCCGCCGCUGCCGUACAACAAGGAGGCACAUGCGGACGCGUUCUCUCCUCCUCCGAAAUGGAACCGGCGAGAGAGGAGUCUAUGGAGGAGGAAGAAGAAAAGAAGUUUCUCACGAGUGCGCGAUUGCGGGCGUUUGAAAAGAUCGGGCGCAAAACACGCGUACGGCGCGGCUUAUUGUCGCAUAUGUUGCGCGUCGAAACCGCUGAAUCACCUGUGUUUCAUACGACCGCUUCGAGGGGGUCGCGUAUCGCCAUCGGUCAACGCGAAAAACUCGAAAAUGUCGACGAGACCGGUGAUAACGACGAUAAUGACGACGACGAUGCGAGAACAGAUCGGAAGGGUCGCGCCGCGUUUAUAUUUUACGACUUCGAGACGCGACAAGAAGAAAUGCUCGAAGGGUGCGCGAACGUUAAAACGCACGUAGUCACUCUCUGCGUCGCGCAGCAAACGUGCGAAGCUUGCCUGGGAGAGGACGAUAUGGCGUCGCGAUGUCGUUGGUGCGGGAUGCGCGAAUUUGUAUUUCGCGAUGAUCCGGUAAAACAAUUCGUCGAUUUUGCAACGAGAACGACAAAGCGUUUCUUCCGCUUCAUCUGUAUCGCGCACAAUGCGGCGGCGUUCGACUCGCAGUUCAUGUUCAUCCUGCGCUACCUGGUCGAGAGCGGUAGGACGGACGAGCCGAAAGUAAUAUUAAAUGGGACAAAAAUUGUAUUAUUAACCGUGGGACGGACAAAAUUUCUCGAUAGCGCUAAUUACAUGCCUAUGCGGCUGUCGGCGUUACCGAAAGCUUUCGGACUGAAGGAUUCCGUCGCCAAAGGCGUAUUUCCGCACUUAUUCAACACAAUUGAAAAUCAAAAUUAUAUCAGCCCGCUACCGGAUAUUGAUUAUUAUUCACCGGAUACGAUGAAAUCGGACGAACGCGAACAAUUUUUAACGUGGCACGUGGAAAUGACGGGUAAAAACGCGGUAUUUAAUUUUCAACGGGAGAUAGUGCGCUAUUGCCGGAACGACGUAGAUAUUCUUCGACGAGCGUGUCUGGCCUAUCAAAAAAUUUUCCUAGAUCGCGAAAACGUGUGCCCGUUCGAAGAAUGCACGACUAUCGCUUCCACGUGUAUGAAAGUUUUUCGCAAAAACUUUUUGCGCGAGAAGGAAAUUGGGAUAAUCGGGGGUUAUAGGGGUGCCAACGCGCAAUCGCGUAAAGCGCUGCAAUGGUUAUUGCAGAUGGAGUAUGAGCUCGGACGCUCGAUAAUUCACGCGGGGAGAGGUCGGGAACGGCGUUUAUUGGAAGGCACGCUCGUCGACGGCUAUUAUGAGACGGAGAAUCCCUGGCAGCGUCACGUGCUGCAGUUUCACGGCUGUUUUUGGCACGAAUGUCCCGAGUGUUUUCGCGUGAACCGUGACAGACCGCUCUCAACCGUGUCGCGCGAGGAUACGAUCGAAGCGCGUUACGAGCGCAUACUCGCGACGACGCGUCGUCUUAGAAAACAGGGCUACGUCGUUACGGAAAAGUGGGAGUGUAUCUUCGAUCGGCAGCUGCGCGAAAAUCGUGAGAUACGCGAAUUCGUUGAGAAUCAUCCCAUGUUGAGAAACAAUCCCCUCGAACCUCGCGAGGCGUUCCACGGCGGGCGUACGGAAAAUAUCAUCACGCGGUACGAAGUUACGGGUACGGAGAAGAUACGCUACGUUGACGUGUGUUCUUUGUACCCGUAUGUGCUGAAGACGGGUACUUUUCCGCUCGGUCAUCCGGACAUUUACGUGGAUGAGGAGUGUUGCGCCUUGAUCGGAGCAAGCCCCGAUUUUAACUUUGACGCCGUAGAAGGUCUCGUACGUUGCAGAGUGCUUGCGCCGCGUGAUCUCUUCCAUCCGGUACUCCCUUAUCGCGUGAACGGAAAAUUGCUAUUCGCGCUUUGUCGCAGCUGCUGCGAGACAUUUUCUCAGGCCGCGUGUACGCACGACCCUGCCGAUCGCGAAUUCGAAGGUGCGUGGGUGUCUUGCGAGUUACGCAAAGCUAUCGAGAAAGGUUAUUGCGUCACGAGCGUGAGCGAAAUAUGGAGCUACGAAGUCACGCGAUACGAUCCGGUUACGCGGCGGGGGGGAUUGUUCACCGAGUAUAUCAACUGCUUUCUGCAAUUGAAGCAAGAGGCUAGUGGAUGGCCGAACGAAUGCGCGAAUGACGAAGGAGGUAAGGAACGUUAUCUGCGCGAAUAUGAGAAAGUUGAGGGUAUUGUUCUCAAUAGGGCGAAUAUCUCCCCGAAUCCAGGCUUGCGCUCGGUCGCGAAGCUCUGUCUCAACUCCUUCUGGGGUAAAUUCGGUCAACGGUCCAAUCUACCGAAUACCGAGAUCGUUAGAACGUGGGAAAGUUUCGCGGCUCUGCUCACGAGCCCGGAGCACGAAAUAACAAAUGUAUUGCCCGUAAACGACGAAGUGAUAUAUGUUUCGUGGCGAAUGAGGCGAGAAGCCGUCACUCCGUCUCCGCUGACCAGCGUCGCGAUAGCUGCUUACACCACGGCGUUAGUCCGAUUAAAACUAUAUUCGUAUUUAGAAAAGUUAGAUCGUCGCGUGUUAUAUUACGAUACCGAUUCGUGCAUAUAUUUGAGUACCGGUGAUCCCGACGAGUACGACGCCUCCAUUAAGUCGUUGUUACUAACCGACAAAAAGUUAAAGAGGGAAGAAAAGAUGGGUGAGGAUAAAACCGUGAUAAAACUGCGAUUUAGCGCGAUUCGGCGCACCGUAUUUCACGACAUCAUCACAAGAGACGAGACAAAGUCCUGCAUGCCGGUAUUGCUAAAGCGCAGUUUUAACGACAACGGAUACUCCGUACCGUAUGGUUACGUCUCCAGCGAAUAG